AGGAUUCGCCGGCGACGUGGUGGAUUAGCAACGACUCACCUGUAACUGAACGAACACUCUAACCCUAGAACUGCGGCCAUGGACUCGGGAGGCGGAGGAGGGAGCGGCGCGCACAAAGCCGCGUCGGGCUCCGCACCAUCGCCGGCGCCGCCGGCUCCGAACCCCACGGCGAUGCUCUCGGCGCUGAUGAGCAAGCGCGCCAAGCUCCAGGAGGAGCUCCGCUCCAUCGAGCGCCAGGUUUAUGAUAUGGAGACCACCUACCUACAAGAGUCUAAUCAAUUUGGAAGUGUGCUAAAGGGUUUCGAAUCGUUUUUGUCAUCGUCAAAAAACACCUCUAACCUCAAGCGCUCCCGGAAAUUUCAGGCCGACGAGAGGCUGUUCUCUCUGUCAUCAGUUACCUCUCCAGCGGUUGAUGAACAUUUGACUGAUGGAAGAGAAUACGGAUCAGGUCGUUCAAAGGGCGCGAGUACACCUGCAAAUGGGCAAGGAAAACCGAAGAAGGGAGGGCGUCCUGGAGGAAGAGACGGCAAGAGACUACGACCGUCCAAUGAUCCAGACCUGGACGACGAAGAUGACUACUAAGUACUAACUCCACAUGUUGUAGCGGAUUAACUUAAUUUAGCGGUCUACCUGCACAUGAUUCUUUAUGCAUUGCUGCUUUCCUUCUCUUGCAAUCCAAGGCCGAGGUGUGGCUCAACUUCUAGCGUCUUGGCUUCGUGCUCAUUUGCUUUGCUUGUUUGCGUCUUCUCCUGCUUUUGUAACAUAGGUUAGCAACAUGUUAAUCACAUCGUGAAAAGUUUAUCAAACUUGUCUCUCAGGCA